UUGGCAUCGUUCAAAUGCUUCAUCGCGUUUCUGUAGUGUUUUGAAGGCAAACAAGUAAAUUUUGUUAGCGGUUUAAUUGUAGCUUUUUAUUUCCGUUUAUUCACUGUGUUAUACAUGUUUGUUUUACCUUGCGUGUUUAUUGCGUGCCGGUGUACUUCUAUUUUAUUAUCUGGAAAGCACCUUCGAUACAAACAGAUUUACAGCAUGUAUCCCCAUCAUUAAACUUGGGAAAGCAUAAGCUUAAGGAUUCAAGAGAGAACAGCUAAUAUUUUCCACAGAAGUAACAAAAUUUAAAAAUAUAACCAUACAGUAUAAAGGAUGGAAAAACUUAUCGAAAAUAAAGAGGCUGAAAAAAAGGAAUUGGAAACAUCUUCAUUACAAUCUAGUUGUUCAAAUAAGCUGGACAGUGACAUCAUUGAAGUGUUUCAAGAAAUUGAGAAAUCAACUUCAGAUAAUGUCUUUGUUGUUGAACGUGUUGUUAAUGGUAGUGUAAGCACUGUAAAAAGCUCAAGACCUUCAUUUUCAUCUGAAACAGAAGAUAUUCCCAGCAAGCACACAUCAGUAUCCGUUACAUCAGGUGAAAGUUCUGAAAAAAUUCAGGCAGCUAAAAGGGGUGUUGAAAUUGUCAAAGAAAUAGCUGGUGAUUUUUCACAAGAGCCAGAAAUUUGUGAUGAUCUUCGAGUGAUCGCGGAGAUAUCAGCAACUGAAGAAUCAUCAUCUGAACAAGAUUCUGUUUUAAAAUCAAAAAAAGGGCCCCUACCUGGUUUACUACCAUUAGAGAAAAAUUCCUCUGCAUCAAACAGUCCUGAAGUUCAUGUGCCCCGUAAAGUUGCUAUGAGGUCAACAGAAAAAAUAAAAGCCACAGAUCAAGCAACAGAUUCCAACUCCCAGCCAAAGGGAAAGAAGGAUGUUGGCAAGGAAACAUGCAGUGAUAGCAAUGGCGUACGAUUAUGCGAUUCCUUACAACAGCAUAUAGUAAUUGAACCCGACAUAGAAAUUCACACGCUUUCAGACGAAUUUCAAAUGGAGUUCGAAGAUUCUGAAACCAGUCCCGUCAUGAACAGCAUUUCUAGCGUAGUCGCUACCACGUCUAUCGAUCAGACCGAGAAAUUGGCACGAGAGACUUUAGCCUGCUGGUCUUGUCGCGUUUCUCUUCAUGAUAGAACGGACGCUCUCCUUUGGGAAUCGAUGGAGUUUUGUUCCGAGAAGUGUUUAAAAACCUACAUGAAAGUCAUCGGAUCCCAUUGCAACAUGUGUAACGCCCAAGUGAGUGACAACAUAUUGGGUAAACUUUGUGUUCGCUUCGGCACCGUCAUUCGCCAGUUUUGUACGGCUGAUUGUCUUGAAAAGUUCAAAGGGAAUCAUAAAUUAUGCGCUACCUGCCAGGUUAACAUGUCCAAUAAGGAAAAGACACAUUGUUCUCCUGUCUGCGAAGAACUCUCCCUUCGGCUCGCAAACAAGACGUAUUUUUAUGGAAGAAGAUUUUGUUCUGUGUGUAAUGAGUUAAAGGAGAUUCAGGAAGAAGUCUAUCUUGGUGGUCGUAGUCAUUGGUUGUGUAGCAAACCGUGUCUUAAUGCCUUUCGUUUCUCCAAUAAGGUGACGACACUUAAUUGUGAGACGUGCUCUCGUUGUUUCGACAUUAAUGCAACUCCUCGUUUCGUGUCGAGGAACGCGAAUAAGGGUUUACUGACGCACCAUGUAACAUUAAGUUGGUACUGCAGUAACGUUUGCUUUGCGAUCCAUCUGAUUCGAAAGCGAAAGAUUGAGCUCUGUGCUCGCUGUCAGGUGAAGAAAUACAAUGUCGACAUGAUCCGUAAGCCUACAGGCGACACUGUCUUUGGCAAGACAAUACAAGACAAGAGCCAAUUAGAAGCACAGAUGAUAUUCUUUUGCUCGCUUUAUUGCUUCACUCAUUAUCCGAUUCCGAUUUCACGAGAAACUGCUCGCAAAAAAGUCAAUUCAAAUGAAACUGCACCACCCGCCGCUUCUUCAGUCGCCCCAACAGUCGUUUCAUUACAGUCUUUGAUUGUCGAGUCUCCAUUGUCGUCGCAGUCACGUAGUCUUAUACAACACACUACACUAUCGAACCCGAUUUCCCUGCAGGCACCGGUGCCGCCUCGCACUGUGACGCUCUGUAAUCUCCCAGCUAUUAGCACCCAGGUUACUCCGUCUAUCGUCAAUAACACUAUGACCACAGCUUCCAGUGCAACCGGUAGUCAGCCUCCGGCAAACACGACCAUGCUUCCGAUCGAGCUUCAACACAAGAUUGUGCUCGUUCCGCCAAAACCUAAAGAGAUGAAGAAUAAGUCGGUCUGGUGCCGUCCCAGUAAUCUCUGUCAGAGUGAACAGACGAAAUCUACGGCAGAACAGGUGAAUGUCGAAUUACCUAAAGUUGUUGGGUGUGACGCGAGUACAUCGACAGAUGAAGAAAGGAAGCCGCUUUACAUACCUAUACCUAUCCCAAUUCCUGUACCGAUAUAUGUCCCAGUACCAAUGGGGAUGUACAACUUCCCUUCUCCGUUCCCUGUUGCUUUUCCUAUGCCAAUAGUUACUCCUUUUAUAUUUCCCGUCGGUUCUAAUCUCUUGGAUGAGAUGAUGAAAGUUAUGGGAGAGGCAAAGAAAAAAGAAACGGGCGAGGAAACUCUUUCAGUUCAAGAAAAUCAUUCGCCCGUCCAAGAAAAAACGAUCGAUGCCAACGAUGAUCUGAAAUCAACCAACGUUCCCACAUCUCCCAAUCCUGUCGGUCUACAUGAUCUCGUCGCAGAUGAACACGUAGACGCUGACCCGACUGGCGCCACCGAAGAAGUAAAUUUCGAGUUGGAAAUUCCAUCGUGCAGUAUUUCGUCGUUUCGAAAUGGAAGUAGAAAGCGCUCUCACUCUACUUCGCAUUUUUCUUUGCCCGCGACGAAACGGCUGAGAGAUAUCGAUUGCAGAAGCUCAAGCGACAGCGAAGAAUCCACUAAAACAUCCAGGUCAGACUCGCCGAGCCUGCAUUUCAAAGGUGGUUUCCAGAAAGAGGCGGGAGUAAGAGCGUGGAAGGACUGGACGAAGCGGAGUGAAAACAGAAGGCUCGUCGAUUGCAAAUUCAGUGAAAUGAGUGUUGUGGAUAUGAAUACUUCUCUUAUAGCUUUCGUGCAACAAAUCAGGAAACCGGAUGGCGAUCGAUACAGGCCAGACAUCCUUCUGUAUCUCAUCUCGGGAUUACAAGAGAGUUUGGCUUUUGGGGCAGACUUUCGGCGGCAGAACUUGCUGAUGGAUGCCGCAUUGUUGCCGUUUCAAAUUGAAUUAGAUAAACAUCUUCAACCGUUUUAUGACGCUCUGUUGAAAGGAAUCAACUCUGGCAGCCCCACGGAAGUGAUGACCUGUUUAAAAGAAUCCCAUUUGUGGAAGUGUCGACAGCUGGGUGUUGAUUCACCUAUUGUGCUCGUCUUCACGAUGCUCUAUUUCAACACCAAAUACUUUCGUCUCUAUACGGCCGAACAGCAUCUGCAAAUGUCGUUUGUGAACGUACAAAAGGUUCCUAAGAAAACCUUUUUAACUUCCUCUGUGGGGGGAAUUUCAAACGGUGGUUCUACGGGGAAAAAUGCAGCAAAAAUAUUUUCUCUUCAAUUCGAUGACACUAAAACGCAACAAGAGACUACGGUUGCGGGCACCAUGGAUAAUGUUAGGCGUAAGAAACCACUAGACAUGCCACAAAAUGUUGACUAUUUACCUCAUUGUCCAGUGAAAAUUUACAACUUUUACGUUUCCAAAUGCCCAGAGGAUGCUAAGAAACGCAAGGAUUUGUUUUACUUGUUGCCUGACCCAUCGUGCGCACCAGAAUCGCCAGUAUGGUACUCCUCACAGCCAGUGCCCCGGGAAAUCUUGGCACGGAUGUUACGACGCGUGUUACUCGUCGAAGAAGUACUGCAUAAUUUGUGUUCGUUGGAUUAAUAUUAUCAGCACCGCCAUGCAACACGUGUACAACAGAAAGGCAUACAAAAAUGUUAAUAACAAUGUGUGUGUAUGUGUUUAUGUGUGAAGAUAGGAAAACGAAAGCAUGGAUAACUUAACUUUAACUGAUUAUUGAAAAAAGGAAUAACCUUAAACUAUUGUGUUGCUGAUUUUACGUGCUCAGUCAAUAAAACUUGAUCCUUUUUUUGCCA